UAUCAAUAAAAAUAAAACCAAACUUAAAAAAAAAAACACAUAAAACAGAAACCAUGGAUCCAGAAACUCGAAGCGAAUCACCAACAGACUCCAACCGGCAGGAACAUUCUUCAAAAACCUCAUUUCUAAUUGAAGAUAUCUUGUACCGAGGUCAUGAAAAUCGUAACUUCAAGAGUCCAGAACAAAGACGCUUUGAAUACGAUAGGGAUCCAAAACCCUUUUUUCCUGUGCCUAAUGAUAUAAGACCUCAUGUACCGGGGAGAGAAGGGUCCUACCUACAAGUGGCGAUGGGUGCCCUUGGGGCAUACUUGCAUACUCCAAAUUCUUAUAAGGCAGUUGAAGCACCUUAUUUUCUAUCGCAAGGGGUACCAUACCAUGCAUUGUUCACACCGUCCGAAUUGUCUCUCUCAGCUCUUAAGCACUGCAGAAGAAGGAAAGCAAGAACUGUGUUCUCAGAUCCACAGUUAACAGGUUUAGAAAAGCGGUUCGAAUCCCAGCGCUACCUGUCCACCCCAGAACGGGUGGAGCUGGCUGGUGCCCUGAACCUCUCGGAGACGCAGGUCAAGACCUGGUUCCAGAACAGAAGGAUGAAGCAUAAGAAGCAGAUGAGGAAACAGCAGCAGCAGAGAGACAGUACAGCGGCAGUUGACUUCACUACAAAACAUCCAGCAUCGCAAUCGGAUUGUCGAAAGGCUGACAACUCAAGAAUGUCAACAACUCAAACGUCAGAUUCCGACACGGAACACAGUGACAGUGACAUCGAUAUCGUAGGGGAAUCGAACUACGCACAACACUACGCGUCGAACAAUACGUAAGAACAACACCAGUUAUAGUGAUGUGCUGGAGAGUAAGCAUGAUAAGGGCAUGAUAAGCAACGUUAAAAGUCGCUCAAUUUGGAUAGAAAGAGUUUAUACUAAUUAGAAAUUAUUAGCAUGAUCUAUGAGCCUGUCACCAAGUCUUAACUUCUUGAGAAAGAAAAACAAUUUGCUACAAAAAUUGGUAACUCAUAAAUUUUCUUUAGAUUUUUUUGCAGAUAUGAUAGAGCACUGUGGCACUUUUUUUAGCCGACU